AUGCUUUUCUCAAAACCUUCUUCUGCUGCAAUCGUUAUUGCUCUUUUGUUUGCUUUCAUGGCUGUGUCUACAGCCUUAGAUAUGUCCAUUAUCAGUUACAAUGAAAAACAUGGUGUUGUGUAUAGUGAUGAGAGAACAGAGAAAGAGUUAUACGAUCUGUAUGAAUCAUGGCUUGUACGACACGGCAAGAAUUAUAAUGCUUUAGGUGAAAAGGAAAGGAGGUUUGAGAUAUUUAAAGAUAAUCUUCAGUUUAUUGAUCAGCAUAAUUCUGAAAAUCAUUCUUAUCAACUUGGUUUGAAUAGUUUUGCUGAUUUGAGUAAUGAUGAGUAUAAGAAAAAGUAUUUGGGUACUAAGAUCGAUCAGAGACUCGGUAACCCUAAAUCAGAUCGGUAUGCUGUUAAUCUUGGGGAUAAGAAGCUUCCUGAACAUGUUGAUUGGAGAGAACAAGGUGCUGUCGUUGAUGUCAAAAACCAAGGAAGUUGUGGCAGUUGUUGGGCGUUCUCGACUAUUGCUUCGGUGGAAUGUGUAAACAAGAUUGUUACUGGAGAUCUGAUUUCACUAUCUGAACAAGAGUUGGUAGACUGUGAUACAUCUAACAAUCAUGGAUGUAAUGGAGGUCUUCCGGAUUAUGCGUUUCAGUUUAUCAUUGAGAAUGGUGGAAUUGAUACCGAAGAAGAUUAUCCUUACAAUGCUAAAGAUAAUGAAUGUGAUGUGAAGAAGAAAAACUCCCAUGCAGUGACUAUUGACGGGUUUGAAGAUGUGCCAGAAAAUGAUGAGAAGGCUUUGCAGAAAGCUGUGUCAAACCAGGUUGUUAGUGUUGCCAUUGAAGCUGGUGGCCGAGAUUUCCAACUCUACGAAUCGGGUGUUUACACUGGAAGAUGUGGAACAGCGUUGGACCAUGCUGUGAAUGCUGUUGGAUAUGGUACAGAAAAUGGUACAGACUACUGGAUUGUGAGAAACUCUUGGGGACCUAAUUGGGGAGAACAGGGUUACAUCCGAAUGGAGCGUAAUUUGGCUGACACUAACGAAGGAAAGUGUGGUAUUGCAAUGCUAGCCUCUUAUCCCGUAAAGGCUCUAAAGCGGACUCCUGCAAAACCUUACUGGGGUUUCAGGAAAUUUGGAGGCGUCCCUGUUUGA